AUGCCGAAGCGGCGCAAAACAGAAGACGAUGUCGAAGAUGAUGACCCUACGCCUAGGAAGACCCGCCGAAGUGCCAAAGGCGAGGAGAAGCCAUCGAGUCCAGCGCAGACAGGAACGCCCUCGAGCCGAAAGUCGAUCUUGAAGAAUACCCCUACCAAAGCGAAUGGUCUCAAAUCGGUGGAAGCGACCCCGAGCUCGCUGAGGAAAGUCCUAUUUUCAACACCGCAUGAUAGGAAAGCAGUUGAAGAGGAGGAAAAUGAAGAGACGCCAACCAAUACCCGCAAUGACCGCUCGGCUCGUAGGAAGAGUCAACGGACGCUGCAGAAACAGAUUGCCGAGACAGAAGACAGCGAUGAAGAGGAAGAUGAGCGGGAGGAGGCUAUUGCGCAGGCAAUAUUGGGCGAGGAUGAGGAAGACGAGGUGGAAGAUGCAAUGGAUGUGGAUCCACCCUCUGCACCGGAUACACCCUCCAAAACAGGACGACCUCGAGGACGACCGAAGGGCAAGCGGCGUGAACGAACACCCAGUCCACCACCAGACCUACCGCCACACGAGCUGUACUUCUUCCAGAACAGAGCUGGCGGCAACAAAACUUCAUCCAAUACUCUACCAUCGCAUCUGCUCUUGAACCACGAGGACUACUUUGCCCAAACCAAGGAUUAUAAAGACCCUCAUGAGCCUGACAUGGCACGCUUGAAGCAGCUUCACAAACGAUCGUUCGAUCAAUGGAUCUUUGAGUUGGAGGAGGGCUUCAACCUGUGUCUCUGCGGGUACGGCUCGAAACGCAAUCUCGUCAUGGACUUUGCCGAACACUUCUACGCCCAGUCCGAGAAGACACCCAAGAUUGUGGUAGUCAAUGGCUACACUUCGGGUUUGGUAGUUCGGGACAUCCUCACAACUUUGGCGGGCGUUGUGCUUCCGAAGACUUCGAAACUUCCAGCCCAGCCAACUGCACUCCUGGACUUGAUCAAGGUAUCCAUUGCCACGCCGGUCACCCUGAUUAUCCAUUCGCUCGAUCACCCGAAUUUACGCAAAGCCCAAUCCCAAUCUAUCUUGGCAAGCCUUGCAUCUCACUCGAAGAUCUCACUCCUGGCCACCUGCGACACGCCGAACUUCCCACUCCUCUGGGACAUCUCACUUGCUUUCCAGUUCAACUUCCUCUUCCAUGACACCACCACGUUUGACCCUUACACAGCCGAGAUCGAAGUCGUGCAGGACGUCAACGCUCUCCUAGGUCGGAGUCGACGGACCUUGGGUGGCAAAGACGGUGUAGGUUAUGUGCUGAAGUCGCUGCCGGAAAACGCGAGGAAUCUCUUCCGAAUCCUCGUUGCAGAGCAACUUGCAUUGGCCGUAGAUGGAGAGCAGGGAUUUGGCGUAGGCAUUGACUCCGACGCCGAGGACGAAGAUAUUCUGGGCGUGGAGAAUGAAGACGACAUCGGCAUGGAGCAAGACACGCCGUCAAGGAGGAAAAGAGGUAGGCCGCCGAAGAAGAAGAAAGAAGCAGCGCCAAAGCCUGUGCAGACACAAGCCGUGGGCGUGGAGUAUCGUACGCUGUACCACAAAGCUGUGGAGGAGUUUGUGUGUUCGAGCGAAGUCAAUUUCAGGACGUUGCUCAAGGAGUUUCACGACCACCAAAUGAUUGAGUCGAGGAAAGACGCCUUGGGCACCGAACGACUGCUGGUUCCGUUCAGAAGAGAAGAGCUCGAAGCCAUCUUGGAAGAACUGGUCUGA